GUGACAACCAGUAAAUAGACGGUGCAGCGUGCUGUUUACCUGCAGCUGCUAGGCUAACGCAGAGACUGGCUGUAGAUGAGUUUACUGAAGUUAUACUGAGCUUAGCUAGUCCUUCUGGUAACUUAUGUCUAAAAACAAGACAAGUGGGUACAAGGGUACUUAUGGCCAGAAGAAAAAAGAGGGGGAAGGGAGGAGUAGUGUGCGGUACAAAUGUAGCAUGAUCAACUCAAUUCUGGAUGUUCUCCGACAGAGACCAGGCUGGGUUGAAAUAAAAGAGGAUGGAGAGUGGGACUUCAACUGGUGUGAUGUCGGUUGGCUCAGGGAGAAUUUUGACCACUCUUACAUGGAGGAGCAUGUGAGAAUAUGCCACUUCCGGAACCACUAUGAGUUGACACGUAAGAAUCUGAUGGUAAAGAACCUAAAGCGCUACAGAAAAACACUGGACAGGGAAGUUGGCCGUCUGGAGGGGGCCAAAUGUGACUUCUUUCCAUGCACGUUUGAACUUCCCAGUGAAUACCAUCUCUUUGUUGAAGAGUUCAAGAGAAGUCCUGGCAGCAUCUGGAUCAUGAAGCCUGUGGCACGAUCGCAAGGAAAAGGCAUUUUUCUUUUCCGGAAACUCAAGGAUAUCAUGGAAUGGAAAAAGGAUGGGACCCGCAGUGAAGACCAAAGGGAUGAGGCGCCAGUUGAGAGCUAUGUUGCCCAGCGUUACAUUGAAAAUCCUUAUCUUAUUGGUGGUAGAAAAUUUGAUCUGAGGGUCUAUGUUCUUGUGACUUCAUACCUCCCGCUGAAAGCCUGGCUGUAUAGGGACGGUUUUGCCAGAUUCUCCAAUACCAGAUUCUCCCUCAGCAGUAUUGACGAUCAGUAUGUUCAUUUGACUAAUGUGGCAGUCCAGAAAACCGCCCCAGACUAUGACCCUGAGAAGGGUUGUAAAUGGCAGAUGCAGCAGUUGCGACGUUACUUGACUGCAAAACAUGGCAGCGAGGCAGUGGAGACCCUUUUCAAAGACAUUGACAACAUAUUCAUCCGCAGCUUACUGAGUGUCCAGAAAGUCAUUAUUAAUGAUAAGCACUGUUUUGAGCUGUAUGGAUAUGACAUUCUACUGGACCAGAAUCUCAAACCGUGGCUGAUUGAGGUGAAUGCUUCCCCUUCUCUGACUGCCAGCAGUCAGGAGGAUUAUGAGAUGAAGUACAGACUGCUAGAAGAUACCCUGAACGUCGUCGACAUGGAGGGCAGACUUACAGGCAAAGAAAAGAGGGUCGGAGGUUAUGAUCUCAUGUGGAAUGAUGGACCUGUCUACAGGGAGGAUGUCAGCUUAGAGACUUUGGGAACCACCUACCAAAUAGCCAAUACAAACCUAGGAUGUGUGAAUGAUCGGAGGAAACAGCUUCGACAACUCCUAAAGCCUUUUCCAGGACACAAGAGAUCAUGAAAAUAAACUGCCUGGCCAAAUAAAAAGGUCACCACCUGGA